CUGAAAAACAUCUCCUUUCAGGUAAUAAUACUGAUGGAGGAACUUCUAGAGGCAAUUCGCAAUCCAUUCCUCAUAGCCUACAUAUCUGUAUUGUUGACGUUUUGUGUGGUCAGCGGCACUCAGCAACUUGGAGAUAAAGUCGAACUCGAAUUCCAAGCUUUCCGCUUACAACAGUACGAAUUAAAUGGAAAUAUAAUCGGUAGCAAAACCUUUCGAGUCCAGUAUGAAGCCGUAUCGCUAACAUCGAAAGCAUUGCGAAGAUGUGUGGUCACUUCUUGGCGAGACUUGACUAGCUACACAAAUCUGGACGAUUUAUUGGCUACUAGUGUUGGUGCACUACUGGUGAUCAUACCAUCUGAUCUGGAUGCUUUGUCACCAGCUGACAAAACGCUCUUCUCCGAGUUGGAGCGUAAGCUAGCCACAGCUCGAACAGAAAUGGCUGUUUAUGUGACGCGUUCUUCACCGGACGCCAGCGCUAUUCUCAGUGAUGUCCAGUCUUCAUCAGCUACUACAAAAUCCGCAACUCAGCAUCUUUUCAACUCUAUCGCUGCCAAUACGUUCCAGUUCACUUCUACCGGCUCUCACUCUUCCAACGCACUUACAUACAAGCCGAACAACAUCAUUGGCCGUUUGAGAAGUAGUGAUCGCUCAGCCCCUACGAUUGCCUUCGUUGCCCACUAUGACUCACAUGCAGCUUUUCCUGGUGCUGCCGUAGGCGCGGAUUCGAAUGGAAGUGGAGUUGUAGUUCUGCUAGAAUUGUUGGCGAUAUUCAGAAAACUCUAUGAAAAACCUGUUACGAGACCGCCUUUCAAUCUAAUAUUUGUGUGGACUGCAGCAGGAAAAUAUAAUUACCAGGGUGCAAGACAAUUCAUAGAGGACUUCCAAAGCGCAGAUGAUCAUCAUCUUGAACUAGCUAUUUGCGUCGAGGCUUUGGGAGGAGCUGGAUCUUUGAGAAUGCACGCUUCUAAGCAGCCAGCUGAUGGGUCUGCCGCAGAUCGAUUACUGCGUCGUCUUCGUCAUGCAGCACCAAAUCAGAGUGUUGAACUUGUCACGAAGAAAAUCAGCGUAAAUCAGCCGUCUGCAUGGGAGCACGAGAAGUUCAAUAUCAAACGACUACCUGCAGUUACACUUUCUCGCCUAUCAGCCCAUGAUGAUCCCAUCAGAAAAUCGAUGCUUGAUACUCCCAGCCAGUUGAGUUUGGAAAAUUUGGAACUAAAUAUCCGCAUUAUUGCUGAAGCAGUGCUCGGCUACAUGCUUUCAAUCCCGGAAGGCGGUUACUCGACAGAUCCGCGCGUCUCUGCUGAUACAUCUUUACUGUCACGCGACGCUGUUGAUCGUCAGCGACUCGCGCACGCCAUCCGACAAUUUGCAUCGCGGCCGCGACCAAUUGCGGACGAACCUGCGACUGUCGCGUGCGCUGCAAACUUGGCAGUAGCCGUAGGGAACUAUGCCAAGGUCACAGUGUCGCCGGUCUCAAUGCAUGAAGUGCAAAUCUGGCCUGGAGUGUCAGAUCGACUGAUGGCAGAGCGUGUGAAGCCAGCAGUGUUUGAUCUCGUGAUUGCCGGAGGCGUCUUUGCCUACCUGGCAGCUUUUUACCAUAUUGUUAGUCGAGCUCAGCGAGUACUUGAAGGUGCUAUGCUCAGAUUGCGAAAGCGAGUAUAGGAUAUCGAUUCGUUGCUAUAACUCAUCAGGUCUCCAUUUCGUUUCCUAUUUCUCUUCAAUUUUUGACUCAGAGAAAAAACAUGAAGGACAAGUUUUGCAUCAAUAUUUUAUAUGAAGUCUCGUGUUUGUGCCAGAAACAAAGUUUUAAUGCGCUAGUAUUGAUUUACGUGGUAACGUUGUAUUCUGAGGUCUGUUUCAAUUGUGCUUCAUCUCAUUAGACUUUGUUAACAAUUUAAUUUAUUGAUAGAUAAAUUAAGAUAAUUAUCU